UCCUAAUGCGCACAUGUCAUGGAAAUAAAUGCUUGUUGUCAAAGUAAUGUCGUAUUUUACUUGAUGCAGCCACGUGACACGUUGUGGUAGCGAUGUGUGAAUACUUUAUACGUGAGGUUGUGUUGUAUCUAUCUGUCUGUGACUAGUGCAGCUUGUAUGCUAGCAGAGUGUGGACAGACACACAUUGACCGCAGUGUCCCCACCGGCUGCUCGCCAUGGCACCCCCCAGCCUGGACAAGAUCCGCGCACUGCAGAGGAACCCACGCAACAUCCGGAACCUGUGCAUCCUGGCGCACGUGGACCACGGCAAAACCACUCUGGCGGAUUGCUUGGUGGCGACUAAUGGCAUCAUAUCGAGCCGCCUGGCUGGGAAGCUGAGGUACCUGGACAGCCGGGAGGACGAGCAGAGUCGAGGCAUCACCAUGAAGUCCAGCGCCAUCUCACUGCACUACACCAACGGGGACCAGGAGUACCUCCUAAAUCUGAUCGACUCUCCCGGUCACGUCGACUUCUCCUCCGAGGUGUCCACCGCUGUGCGCCUGUGUGACGGGGCCAUCGUAGUAGUCGAUGCUGUGGAGGGAGUGUGUCCACAGACGCAGGUCGUGCUCCGUCAAGCGUGGUUGGAGAACAUCCGGCCCGUCCUGGUCAUCAAUAAGAUAGACCGACUCAUUGUGGAGCUGAAGCUCACCUCCCAGGAGGCUUACACACACCUGCAGAAGAUCCUGGAGCAGGUGAAUGCCGUGACAGGGACUUUGUUCACCUCCAAAGUUCUGAAGGAGCAGGCGGAGAGGGAGGAGGAGGAGGAGGAGGAGGAGGGGGAGUUGGGUGGGGACCAGGCGUGUGACUGGAGCAGCAGGCAGGAGGAGGCUGACGACUCGCUGCUCUACUUUUCUCCUGACCAGGGAAAUGUGGUGUUUGCCAGCGCCAUCGAUGGGUGGGGCUUCAGCAUCCAACAGUUUGCCCACAUCUACAACCAGCGAAUGGGCAUCAAGGCAGAGGUUCUGCUCAAAACCCUGUGGGGAGAUUUCUACCUCGAUGCAAAGGCAAAGAAGAUCAUGAAAGGAGCUCAGGCCAAAGGAAAGAAGCAGCUGUUUGUGCAGCUCGUGCUGGAUAACAUUUGGAGUUUAUAUGAUGCUGUUGUCACUAGGAGAGACAAGGAGAAGGUGGAGAAGGUGGUGACAUCACUGGGGAUAAAGGUGCUGGCCAGGGACCUACGUCACUCGGACCCCAAAGUCCUCCUCUCUGCCAUCUGCAGCCAGUGGUUACCCGUUUCCCAGGCUGUGCUCUUGAUGGUCUGUGAGAAACUGCCCAGUCCCUUGGAAAUGGCGGCAGAGAGGGUUGAGAAGCUGAUGAGCGUUGGAGCUCGGCGAUUUGACUCGUUGCCUGAACACACGCAGGAGUUGAAAACCGCGUUCCUCCGGUGUUCCAGCGGAGAGAAGGAGCCGCUCAUCAUCUUCGUGUCCAAGAUGUUUGCUGUUGAUGCCGCAGCGUUGCCUCAGAACAGGCCGAGGCCGCUGACCCAGGAGGAGAUGGCCCAUCGCAAGGAGCUGGCUCGACAGAGACACGCUGACAGGAUGGCAGCUGAUUCCGUAGACUCCUCCCACUCAGAGAGGACGCCACAGGAAGGCCUACCUGCCCAACUUGACACAGCUAAGGUGGAGAGUCUGACACUGAAAGAAUCAAGGCCAGAAGAGAAAGAGGAGCAGCAGACCUUCAUAGCUUUUGCGCGUGUCUAUAGUGGGGUGGCAAAGAAAGGACAGAGGGUAUUUGUUCUGGGUCCAAAGUAUGACCCCGCCCUGGGCCUCAGCACGUUGCCAGAGGGUGUCAGCUCUUCAGACUGCGUGUCUGACGUGCCUCAUCUGUCCUGCUGUUCUAUGGAAAGCCUCUACCUGCUGAUGGGAAGAGAGCUGGAAGAGCUGGAGGAGGUGCCUGCAGGAAAUGUCCUGGGUAUCGGAGGUCUGGAGGAGAGCGUCUUGAAGUCGGCCACGCUGUCAACCUCCCCCGCCUGCCCCCCCUUCACUCCUCUCAACUUUGAAGCCACACCCAUUGUUCGGGUUGCCAUAGAACCCAAACAUCCAAGUGAGAUGCCAAAGCUGGUGCGUGGGAUGCGUCUGCUGAACCAGGCAGAUCCCUGUGCUGAGGUUCUGAUUCAGGAAACGGGAGAACACGUCCUGGUCACUGCUGGGGAGGUUCAUCUUCAACGCUGCCUGGACGACCUCAGAGACCGGUUUGCUAAAAUUGAGUUCAGCGCAUCCAAGCCCAUCAUUCCAUUCAGAGAAACAGUGGUUCGUCCUCCAAAAGUGGACAUGGUGAAUGAAGACCUGGGAAAGCAGCAGAAAGUUGCCAUUAUUCACAAGGUAAAAGAAGAGGCCCCUCCGAGUCGUUUGUCAGAGACCCUGAACGUGGACUCCAGUGGUCUGGUCACCCUCACCACUCCCAACAGACUGGCCACGGUCAGCGUGCGGGCGUUCCCCCUCCCAUCAGAAGUGACCAGUCUGUUGGAGAGAAGCACAGAGCUGAUUCGGACCCUGGAGCAGAUCAACAUGUCCCUGAGGGAGGGGAGGAGUCUGGACGUCAGCCCCCGGACCCUGGAGACCAUCGCUGGAUUCAAGGUCCAGCUGGAGAGUCUGCUGCAGGGGCGGAAGUGGAGGGACGUUGUGGAGCACAUCUGGGCUUUUGGGCCGCGCAGAUAUGGUCCCAACAUUCUGCUGAACAGUGUGCAGGGCUACCAGCGGCCUUCCCUGUGGCAGUGCUUGGCCGGAGGAGUGAAAGCCGGCGAAGCUGGAGCUCAGGCCGCUGUUAUACGAGACUUGGAUAACAGCAUCGUCAGCGGCUUCCAGCUAGCCACUCUGUCAGGGCCCAUGUGUGAGGAGCCCCUGAUGGGCGUUUGCUUCUCCGUGGAGAAGUGGGACAUCCAGUCCUCAUUGCCGCCACAACAUCAGGACCCCUUGGAGGAGGACUGCAUAUCGCGUGGGACUUCAGGAGGCCGCAAAGGGAAAGGAAGCGGUGCGGAGGCCUCUGAGGACGGGCCGAUCGGCGCAGGGCUCAGGCCCGAGGCAGCAGCCGACUGCUACGGGCCGGUCUCCGGACAGCUGAUUGCUGCCAUGAAGGAGGCGUGCCGUCACGCUUUCCAGGCGCAGCCCCAGAGACUGAUGGCCGCCAUGUAUACCUGCGAGAUAAUGACCACCGCUGAUGUGCUGGGCCGAGUGUAUGGUGUCCUGGGGAAGCGAGAGGGCCGCGUGCUGCACGAAGAGAUGAAGGAAGGGACGGACAUGUUCAUCAUCAAAGCCGUUCUGCCUGUGGCCGAGAGCUUUGGAUUUGCUGACGAGUUCCGCAAAAAGACCAGUGGCCUGGCCAGUCCACAGCUGGUCUUCAGCCACUGGGAGGUGAUCAGCAGUGACCCAUACUGGGUUCCCACCACAGAAGAAGAAUACCUGCACUUUGGGGAAAAAGCUGACUCUGCAAACCAGUCCCUGAAAUACAUGAAUGCUGUCCGCCGCCGCAAAGGCCUCUAUGUGGAGGAGAAGAUAGUGGAGCAUGCGGAGAAGCAGAGAACACUCGGCAAGAACAAGUAGAGAAGAAAACACAGAAGAUCCCUCCUUCAGGAGCCUCAGAGGCAGAGACAGUGCUGAUCCCAAAACACACACCUGUGAACUCGUUUCUAGCUUGGGCCUCAGAAUGCAGCCUAGUUGGCUGCGGCUGUAGUGCCAAGUGGUUAGGUCUAAUUUAUAAAACUAUAUACACAGCUACUUAUUUUUAUAUUUUGAUGUGCUUAACAAUUUACAUCAAUAAAAUAAGUCAACUUGAAAUACCUUCAUUUCAAUGAGCUGUUAUGUUUGAAUUUCAAAUGUGCUGGAAUGUGGCUAUGGACAUUAUUUGUCAUUCCUUUACUUAUUCAUGAAAUGGCUUUGAUCCCCAUCAUUACGAUAUAAAGCAGAGGAGGGUUUAGUAGUUAAUCCCCCUUUAUACCUCCCCCUAGCGUCUGUGUCUGGGAUUAUGACCCAUAAAAUAAAGCGACACAAUGGUGACCGGUACGCCCAAUUAAUAAGAAAAAACACAGCUACAUGUGCUUUUGACAAUUCUUAGCGUUCAUAGUGAAUUAAAUUGAUUCAGAAGAUCUUUAAAAGACGGUAAAAGUAAAAUAAACCGAUUUCAAAAAUAUGUCCAGGCCUGUAACACCAGCACUGAAAGGCUGCAGAGUCUUUUUAGUCUAUUUGAAGUAUAUUUACCAUUUCCUAUUCAGGAUAAGGCUGUGUCUUUCAAAAUAAAAGCCCUGUUGCACUCUAUCAUCUCCCAUCCUCGGUUUCCAAUGGAGCAGGACCAACUUCCAACACUGAGUCUGUACUCACCACAGACAAAUAGAACAAGGCUGAAACCAAGGCCUGGAGAGGGAAAGAAUCCGUUUAAAAAUGCUCCAAACACAACUCCAACAAGUAUUAUUUAGAAAAUUCGAAAAUAUAUGUAAACGUGGCAUCUGCCACUUAUCUUGGUCUUUUUCAAUGAAAUGAUGAAUUUAAUGUGCUGUUUCUGCAGUGUAAUCCGUGCAUCCUCCAUUGUACGUGACCCACAGCACGCUUCGGAAUCACUUUAGGGGGGGAUUUCAAAACCAGACGUCACUCAUUUACGCUUAAUCCGUUUUGGCUUAUGAGUGUAAGUGAGCUGUCACUUUUUCUCGUCAUUCUAGUCGAAUCCAGUACGAUCACACGGUUCAGGCAAAACUCUGUUUUGUUUUGUGUGUUAUAUUGAUUCAUUUCUUCACUAGUAACAUAUAAACUGAUUUUUACACAUCAGAAAAUGUACACGGCCUUUUAUCCCCACAGAAAAAAUCAUUUGUCCAGAUAGACAAAGUAGUUGUUGCACUUAUUAUGGGCAGCAUGUCUUAUGUGAAAGGCCUCUUACCCAGUAAUUUCCCUGCAGGUUUUACAGACUGUUCUUCCACUACUCACCUAUACACAGCUUUGUAACACGCUCUACUGGAAAAUGCCUUUACUGGAAGCUUAUGAACGUGCUUGUUCCUGAAACCCCUGGAAGCUUAACACCCAGGGGAGUAAGAGAUGGUCAUCUUCCUCCAUCUCCCCCCUUUACACAGGAAUAUAGAGCAUUUUGUCUGUAUUUCUCCUCAUUCAACAGGCAGACUGAGGUUUAUAAUCCUUCGCUUUCUUUGCUGAUGUGUUCUGCUGAGCUGAGCUCAUUUUCACUCACAAAGAGGCGCUCGGACAAGUCUCUAUUGACAGAACACACAGGAUCCUUUAGUACUUUCCAUCUGGAUUUCUAUCACGGCACUGACACACACACACACGUCCAUGCUAGGAGAGCGAUGUGGUUAAGUGGACCUUUCUGUUGUGCUCCAUAAAUUCUAUGCUUGUGAGGAUCUAAUCUGGAUUCAAUGUUUUAGACAGCUCUCUUUGGGCCGCAUUCUAAAUGGCAGUUGUGGCCAGUUAGGAGUUGUUUUAAAGAUUUUUUUUAACUUUUUACAAAUAUUUACCCAAGCACCUUGUUUUUGCGACUGAUAAUAAUAAACAUUUAGAAGAACAACGGAUCCUCCACUCGGACUACGUUGGUGC